AUGAGUCCCAAGCUUGGAAGCGUACGCUCAGACACGCUCUCUUCACCUUCGGGCUCCUCGCAGAAAGUACAGUCGCCCACAGAAGAGGGCUCUGCGUUUUACUUCACGCUUCAGACAGGCAGGGAUACCAUCGAACUGCGAUCGUUUCUCUCCCUAGAUUUGGCAGAGCACAACAUGCCUCCAACUCAUCUCGGUAGAAAACCAUCCAAUGCCUCGAAAUUUACUACCUGGUCAUCUGCCUCUGAUGCUCUCUCACCACGAGCCGAAAGACCGUUACGAACAUUCAACUCUCCUCCUUCUCCCAUCCCCACUCUUCGUCGACCCUCUCGCGAGUCGCUGCGUAGCAUUCCCUCGCCAAAACCUGCACCUUCUUCCAUCCUCCCCGACAUCCCUCAGAUUCUUGACCGCCCUCCACGUCUGCCGUCUAUCCCACCGUCACCGCCUCUCUCGAUAUUCCCAUCCUUGCAUCGAUCCUCGUCUUCCGCUCCCGCUGCCAUAAAUAUAUGCUCUCAAGUUACGUCUCCUUCCCCUCCCUCGCCAAAAGCCUCUUCGUCUGUUCGCUCAGGGUCUAUCAGUUCGCGCGACCGACAACGGAUCCGAAUGGACACUCUGGCAUGUCUAGAGGGCCGUUCGUCAGCUGGCGACCACAUUCCUAGGUCGCGGCUACGACACAAUUUCAUGAGCAUGAGUGCUGACGAGGACGAGGACACAGAGAACGUCGUGUCUCCCACUUUCCAAAUCAACGUUGAGGAAUUUGCCGCCGUAGCAGCUGUCGAGGAGGAAGAAGACGUCGUCAUCCCGCCUUCUCCCCACAAGCCUCUUGCUUCUCGACUUCUCCCUGCCCCUCGACGAACGCCUGCUCAGCCCCAGUCGCGCAAAAGAGGAAGCACGAUAGAGUCCUGGUUCCCGUUGAGGAGCUUCAUCGAUCUCAAGGAAGAUGAUCUGCCUUCCUGGAACUGGAGAAGCUUUAUCGAGAUUGGUGGCGCCUCAUAA